AGCAGAUGUCAGUCCAGAUGUUCGAUGACAUUGUGAGGAGUCUGAAGGCUGAGAAUGAAGACGUGUUGAAAGAACAUGGACUGGAUAAUAGAGACAUCACCUUCAUUAAAGAGUUAAUCGAAGGGGCAAAAACUUCAGAGUGGAGAUACGAGGGCAGAGAUGAAGACAAAUCCUUCCUGUAUGAGAUUGUGGCAAAUAAACAGAAUGGCAUCGAUGUGGACAAAUGGGACUAUUUUGCACGAGACUGUCAUCACCUGGGCAUUCGAAACAGUUUUGACCAUCAGCGUCUGCUGAAGUUUGCUCGAGUCUGUGAAGUGAACGAAAGAAAUCACAUCUGCUUCAGAGACAAGGAGGCUGAUAAUGUUUAUGACAUGUUUCGCACUCGAUACACUCUCCAUCGCCAGGCCUAUCAGCACAAGAUCUGCAACAUCAUUGAAGACAUGUUUGCAGAAGCACUUGUACGAGCUGAUCGUGAUCUUCAUGAAGGAAAACCUGAAGAUAUGCUGAAAAUUUCUGAAGCCAUAAACACUGCAGAGGACUACAGCAAACUCACAGAUGAGAUUUUUGAGCAGAUAUCGUCCUCCACUUCUGAUAAUCUGAAGAAAUCCAGAGACAUCUUGAACAAGAUCAUCAGAAGAAAACUGCCAAAGUUUGUUGGAGAAGCUCGACUGACUGAGAACAGCAUGUCAAAGGGAGAGCUGAUGAAAACAUGGAAGACAGCAUUAGAGAAGUACAGACCUACAGACCUGACUGUUUCUCUAAACGCUGAAGAUUUACCAGUUUAUGUGGUUGAUCUGGAUCAUGGAAUGAAGGACAAAAACCCAAUUGAAAAGGUCUUUUUCUACAGCAAGAGGAAACCCAACGAAGCCUCUCCCAUUAAAGAUUAUCAGCUCUCCAGUUUCCUGCCAAAUAGGUUUAAUGAAGAGAUGGUCAGAGUUUACUACAAACCAUCUGAUGAUCAGGCAGCUGAAGAUAAGAAGGAAGAGAAGAAGAAGUUGGAGGAGGCAGAGAAGUGCUUCCAGAUGUGGUGUGGCUCCAAUUUUGGAGUCAAAUAGGCAGCUGAAUAAUUGACAUAUAAAUAUUUUCUGUUACUGUAACACAAAAAUUAUUUACUCAAAGAAAUCAUCUGCACGUUCAGUUAAAAUCAGUUUUAAGGUAAUGGUUUAUAGUUAUUGAAUAAUGCAAUAAUUUAAU